AUGCAUCGCUUCAUACCUGUUUGCAAGGCAGGACUAGGACACAUACGGCAUCAUUCUACGACUAGCGGAUUACCUAGCAAAACUAUUAAGCAGCUGCUGGAUCUGGCAAACAUAGGAGAACGCGUCGAUGCAUUUGGAUGGAUUCACAGUGCACGCUCACAGAGUGCUGUGGCCUUUGCUGAGAUCGUAGAUGGAUCGACUGAACGUGGGAUUCAGGCUGUUAUGCUUCCUGAACAAGCUAAACAUCUGACUACGGGAUGUUGUGUCCAUAUAACGGGGAUCAUCGCAUCAAGUCCAGCCAAAGGACAAUCUAUCGAGCUUAAGGUGGAACAAGUCAAGAUGUUGGGUGAAGCACCUCCAAAUGAGUAUCCAUUGAGUAAAACAAAAUUGUCUCUCGAGUAUCUAAGAGAGCACAUUAACUUUCGAUCGAGAACGAAAACUCUCAACGCUGUAUGGAGGAUACGAGAUGCAGUCACGAUUGCUAUUCAGGAGGCCUUUAAAGAGCUCCAAUUCCUCAGUAUAAAUUCGCCAUUAAUUACUUCAAACGACUGUGAAGGUGCUGGGGAAACCUUCACAGUAUCAAGUGAUUCUAUAUCUGCAGAUGGCGUCAAAACGGAAUUCUUCAGAAAGCCCGUGUAUUUAACAGUAUCUGGACAGUUGCACGCUGAAUUGAUGGCAUCAGCACUAUCUCGGGUCUAUGUACUAGGACCUACAUUUAGAGCCGAAAAGUCAGAUACUACACGGCAUCUAGCAGAGUUUUGGAUGCUGGAAGCGGAAGCUUCCUUCUUAUUUGAUAUACCAGGACUUGUAGAUCUAGUAGAAACCGUAAUCAAGAAUGUGACGAGACGGGUCUUGUCGACCGUGUCGGAUGACAUAGCCUUUGUGAGGUCUCAAUGCAAGGCUGCACCGAUAGCGGAACUCGAAGCCCUGAUUGAUAAGCCGUUUACCCGUAUCACUUAUACUGAAGCAAUCAAACUGCUCACAGCACAACCAAAGGCCAGUUUUAAAUACCCAGUGUCUUGGGGAGUGCCACUUCAAACCGAGCAUGAACAAUGGCUGGCACGUGAUAUGGGUGGACCUGUAUUUGUAACUGAUUAUCCAGCCAAGGUCAAAUCCUUUUAUAUGCGUGUAAAUGAUACGGAUGCAGAUUCAGAGGCUAUGACUGUAGCAUGUACCGACUUGCUAGUACCUGUAGUUGGUGAGUUGGUAGGAGGAUCAUUGAGGGAAGAGCGUCUGGAUGUGCUCAUAUCACGUAUGAAGGCAUGUGGUGUGGACGAGGCCGCACUUGAAUGGUAUAUAGAUCUGCGUCGAUUUGGUAGUGCACCUCAUGGUGGAUUUGGUAUGGGAAUAGAACGAUAUCUCUUGUGGAUUACGGGAAUGAGUCAUGUACGUGACUUGAUUCCUGUACCGAGGUGGUAUGGGCAUUGUCAAUACUAG